AUGGGCUAUGAAGACUCAGUUUACCUGGCCAAGCUUGCCGAGCAGGCGGAGCGCUAUGAGGAAAUGGUUGAGAACAUGAAGAAUGUUGCUUCCGCUGAUCAGGAGCUCACCGUGGAGGAGCGCAACCUUCUUUCCGUAGCUUACAAGAACGUCAUCGGUGCCCGACGUGCGUCUUGGAGGAUUGUAACCUCCAUUGAGCAAAAGGAGGAGUCCAAGGGCAAUGAAUCUCAGGUUACUUUGAUCAAGGAGUACCGCCAAAAGAUUGAGGCCGAGCUGGCCAAGAUCUGUGAGGACAUCUUGGAGGUUCUCGACAAGCACCUCAUUCCCUCUGCCCAGUCUGGUGAAUCUAAGGUCUUCUACCACAAGAUGAAGGGUGAUUACCACCGUUACCUCGCCGAGUUUGCUCUCGGUGACAAGCGCAAGGAAUCUGCCGACAAAUCAUUGGAGGCCUACAAGAACGCAACUGAAGUCGCGCAGACUGACCUUGCCCCCACCCACCCCAUCCGCCUCGGAUUGGCCCUCAACUUCUCUGUGUUCUACUACGAGAUCCUGAACUCCCCUGAUCAGGCUUGCCACCUUGCUAAGCAGGCGUUUGAUGAUGCUAUCGCUGAGCUUGAUACCCUGAGUGAGGAGAGUUACAAGGAUUCUACCUUGAUCAUGCAGUUGCUACGAGACAACCUGACCCUUUGGACUUCAUCCGAAGCCGAGGCCGACCCUGCCCCGGAGGCAAAUAAGGAAAUGCCCGAUGCCCCUGCGGCCGCACCUGCGACUGAAGGGAAGGCCGAGGCCAAAGAAUAA